AUGGAUCUUGAUCAUGCUUUGAGACUAGAACGACCUGUUGCCCUCGCCGACAAAAGUUUGCCGGAUGAAAGGAGGGCAUAUGAAUUAUGGGAUCGGUCAAAUAGUUCCAUUUUUGUUGCCAUCCGAGGAGCCAUCCCUGACUCCGAAGAUGCCAAGACAUACCUUAACUCCGUAGAGGAUCAAUUUAAAGGGACUUCAAAGGCCCAUGCAAGUAUCUUGAUCCUCAAAAUGUUGACUACUAAGUACAAUAAGGUCGGUGGUGUGCGUGAGCACAUAAUGAUGAUGACUGACAUGGCAAACAAACUCAAAAGUAUGAACAUGGAAAUUAGUGAGAGUUUUCUCGUUCACUUCAUAAUAACAUCUCUCCCUUCUCAAUUUUGUCCGUUUAAGAUCAAUUAUAACACUCAAAGGAAGAAAUGGAAGAUGAAUGAACUAAUUGCCAUGUAUGUCCAAGAAGAAGAACGACUAAAAGUCGAAAAGUCGGAUGUCACUCAUCUUACUACCACCGACUCUAAGAAAAGGAAAGGGUUCUCAAAGGGCAAAGGAAAGACGAGAGAUAAACUUAUUCCGAACAAGAUCCCUAACACCAGUGCAAGUACAGGAUUUGCUCCUUUCAAGUUGAAGGAGAUAUUUUUGGAUCUCUCGAUGACAUUGUUUGAUUUACAUGACCAUAUACAAAUGGAUUAG